GAGAUUGCUUAUUCUGAAGCAUUCGACAUACAGCAGAGUGACCCAAAUAGGUCGAGGAAGAGUCUUGCGGUCUUGUGUCUUCAUCCUUUUUCCGCAGCCAAACGGCCAAAAAAGCCUGCAGAUUUAGCUAGGCCCCUGUGCAGGCAGGUUGUCUUGUCCGUUUCACAGUCACCUGCACUGCCACCAUGCCGGGUCCAGCGGCCACUCUGAUGAUUGAAGAUGCCUUACAGGCCAUGGUUCGCAAAGAUGGACGCGCUGGUGCCAAAUAUGAAAAGUCCAAAGGCAUGAUUCCCAUGGGCAGUCACUCUUGCUUCGGCGACUUCCCCGAUGACUACCUCCCCGAAGGUGUGAAGCAAAAGCUCCGCGAUGCACAGCGAGCCAGGACUGCACUGCUCCCGCGCAUCCAGUCGGCGCCCACGUUCACCAUGACGACGCGACCGGUCCAGGGCUUCAGUUGGAACCCUCACUUGCCGCCCGACGGCCCACCGCACGCUGGAGCGCGCAAGCGCCAGGUGGUUCCUUCAUCGCAGUUCCGCAACUUCUACGAUCGUGGCGACCUGCCGUGCUGCAUUUUACAUGGCUCGGUGGGAGGGAAGAUCACCUGGAAGGUGGACUUGGACAGGCUGGACUACCAUCACUUCCUGCCAAUCUUCUUCGAAGGACUGCGAGAGAAGGAGGAUCCCUAUCGUUUCCUCGCGGUGACGGGCACCUAUGACAUGUUGGCACGAGGGGGCCCGAAGAUCUUGCCCGUGGUGCCACAGUUGAUUAUCCCCAUGAAGGUGGGAUUCAACACCAAGGAUCCUGCGAUCAUUUGCACCAUUUUGAAGGUCUUGCAAACCUUGAUCCUCAGCGGAGACAUGAUUGGUGAAGCGCUGGUUCCCUACUAUCGCCAGAUCCUCCCCACUUUCAGCCUCUACAUUGAAAAGAACAAGAACUUGGGACACUUGAUCGACUAUGCGCAGCGGAAGCGCCUCAACUUGGGUGAGUUGAUCCAUGAGACCUUGGAAAUUAUGGAAGCCCAUGGAGGUGAAGAUGCAUUCAUCAACAUCAAGUACAUGAUCCCAACAUAUGAGAGCUGCUCCAAGGCAUGAGAGAUAGCGUUUCACUAGAAGUCUGUGCGAGGACGGUGCCAUGUCUUCCACUGACUGUCCGCACAAGGCCUACGUAGCGUCAACGCAUACGCUCAGAGUGCGCAGGUUUCGUUGAAGUGCUUGAGGCAACGCAGAGACUCGUGGGACUCGUUUGGGUCCAAGAUUUGGUCAAACGCC